AUUCAAAAAAGUAAUAAACCUUUCUUCAAAUAUUUCUCUUUCUUUUCUGUUUCUAACACCUGUGAUAUCAGUUAAUCAAUUGGUGGAGGCUAAUGGAUUGUUGUUUGGAUUCCCAACAAGGUUUUGGUCCACGGCAACUCAAUUGACGGUAUUUGUCAAUUCAACAUUUCUUUUUUUGUGAGCAGCAGAAGCUUGCAGGGUUCCUGCUGGGUUCUUUGUGAGUACAGGGUACUGGGACGUAAGGUGGUGGUCAAUAGAAUACUACGUAGAUCUUAAAAAAGUCAACUCGGAGCUGCAUGAAGAUGGGCCUUAAGAAUCUUGCAUCAAACAAGAAAAUUAAGGUUAUAUUCAUAAUGGGUGCAACCGCCACAGGGAAGACCAAACUUUCCAUCGACUUAGCCCGCUAUUUCGGUGGAGAGAUCAUCAACUCCGACAAAAUCCAAGUCUACCGAGGUCUCGACAUUGUCACCAACAAAGUUACCGAGGAGGAGCGCCAUGGUGUCCCCCACCAUUUGCUAGGGUUCGUGGAUCCGGACGAAGACUUCACAGUCAACGACUUCUGCCACCAUGUUCUGAAAGCCAUUGACCGUAUCAUCCAAAACGGGCGCAUCCCCAUCAUCGCCGGUGGGUCCAACACGUACGUCGAGACGCUUGUGGAGAACACGAAGAUCAAUUUCUUGACCCAUUUCGAUUGUUGCUUCCUGUGGAUGGACGUUCAGCUUCCUGUUCUGUACAAGCGUGUGAGGCAGCGCGUGGACGAGAUGGUGGAGGCUGGUAUGGUGGAUGAAGUCGGCGAGAUGUUCGUGACAGAGGCGGAUUAUGAGCGUGGUGUCCGACGGGCUAUUGGGGCGCCAGAGCUGGAUAAGUAUUUUAGAGCCAAAGAGGAGAAUGCAGAGACCAAGAAGCAGUUGCUCGAGGAAGGUAUUGAAGAGAUGAAAGUGAAUACCUUGAAGUUGGUGAUUCGCCAGAUUGAGAAGAUUGAACGGCUGAGGGACUAUCGCCGGUGGCCGUUACACCGUUUGGAUGCUACCCCUGUGUUUGAGAAUGGCGGGAAAGGUGAUUUGAAUGCAUGGAAUAACAUGGUAAUGAAACCAAGCCGUGAAGUAGUCACUGCUUUUUUAAAUAAUUGCUGAGAGUACGGAUCUACACUAAUUUUGAAUAUUAUAUUUAUAUAAAAUUUUUAUUAUUUAUCUCUCUACUUUUAAUGAUUAAAAUUUAUUAUAAUUUUUUAAAUAAAAAAUAAUUAUUUUUAAUAAAUAUAAAUAAAUUUUAAUUAUUAAAAAUAGAGAGAUAAAUAAUUAAAAUUUUAUAUAAAAGUAAUAUAUAAAAUUCAUAUAUAAAAUAGAUCCCUAAGUAAUUACUAAAAAGAUGUAUUGAUUUAUGGAGAAUGGAAAUUAGGAAUCCACUAAAUAAAUGGCCUAAAGAAAAGGGAUCGAACAAAUGAAUAAUGUUUCUAACGACCUAAGUAACUUAGCGAUCAUCUUCUUUCAUUGGAAGUAAGAGAUUCUGAGUUUGAAUCGCAUGGUAUGUGGGUGAAGUGAGGUGAGAUAAGAGAUGGGAGAUGGUUGCCUCCCAUUGUGCAACCAAGAUAAAAAAAAAAAAUGAAUAAUGCUUUUGUUU